GCCUAGCAGCCGCCCGGAAAGCGCGUUAUAUAGGUAUAGGUCUAAAUAUGUUCGCGGAGUGACGGGAUCUGGCAGUCACACAUUCAACAGUACACUUCAGUGGAUUUUACCUGAAUUCUCGUCAACAUGAUGCACAGAGAGAAAUACGACAUACAGCCGGAACAAAGCGGUGUUCCAGUUCCACAGACGUCCUUGUCGGAGAAGUUCGCCUCUUUUUACGGAAAUCUCCGAACGUCAUUACUUGGAAAUAACUUAGCCGGGCGCAGAGCGACAGACCAGGAGAACCCGUUUGCAGAGGAUGCGCAGUUGACGGGCUUCAAAAGGGAAAAAGAAGAGGGUCAACUGAAGCCGAAGACCAUUGACUUGGAGAAGAGCGCCAACCGAGAAGCGCACAGAACCAGCGAUUAUGAGAUCCCGAAUCUUAUCAUCAGGCGCGGGCAAGAAUUUAAAGUCAAAAUAUUUUUCGAGAGGAACUACAUCGCCCCCGAGGAUCAGAUUGUGCUCAAGUUUGUCACAGGUAGUCGCCCUCAGCAGAGUAAAGGUAGCGUGGUAGGCGUCCAGAAAGUGGACAAGGUCAAGGACAACGAGUGGGGUUUCCAGAUUCUGUCAGUGGAGGAAAAGGCGUUGGUGCUGAACGUGUCGUCUGAUGCUGACACCAUUGUGGGGCGGUAUCAGCUGUUUGUGGACACCGUGCACACAUCGAGUCAAGGAAACGUGGAGAAGUUCCGAUACAAGCACCCAGACGACAUUUACAUCCUGUUUAAUCCGUGGUGUGAUGCGGACAGCGUGUUUCUGCCGGAUGAGACUCAGCGCCAGGAGCACGUGCUCCGGGAAACUGGUCGGAUCUGGUUGGGGUCAGUCGGCAAGUACUGCGUCAGACCAUGGAACUUCGGCCAGUUUGACGACGUAUGCCUCAUCGCCGCCCUAGCCUUGAUGGAGAAAUCGGAGCUGGGCGACCAGGCCAGAAACAACCCAAUACUCAUAGUCAGGGCCAUGUGUAAAGUGAUCAACAACAACGAGCGCGACGGCGGCGUCCUGAACGGCAACUGGUCUGGGAAGUACGACGACGGCGUGGCUCCAUACGCAUGGAACGGAAGUGCCGCCAUCUUGGAAGAGUUCCUCAAGAAGAGGAAGGGCGUUAAGUAUGGACAGUGCUGGACAUUCGCCGCAGUGGAGACAACGUUAUUAAGAGCUCUUGGCAUUCCUGUUCGGUGUGUAUCGUGUUUCCGGUCUGCGCAUGACAGUGAUUUCAGCAGCACUGUCAACUUCCACUGGACACCAGAAGGCAGACCCCGGAACACCAUGAACGACGCCAUCUGGGACUUCCAUGUUUGGAACGAGGCCUGGUUCAAGCGUCCCGACCUCCCCUCGGGCCACGAUGGGUGGCAAGCGUUUGACCCAACACCUCAGGAGUGCAAUGAAGGUGUUUUUACCUGUGGACCCGCGUCAGUGAAGGCGAUCAAAGACGGAGAGGUGUAUCUAGGGUAUGACGCCAAGUUCAUCUUUGCCGAGGUGAACGGCGGUCGGCUUCACUGGACCGUUGACAGUGACGGCAACAUGAGCGCCUUCAAAGCCGACUCGAACAUCGUUGGCAGGUGCCUCAGUACUAAGGCCGCAGGAACUAUCUCAAGGGAAGAUCUCACCGAUUCCUACAAAUAUGCAGACGGAAGUGCAGAUCAGAAAGAGGCUCUAGACCGAGCUCAGCGGGUGUGUUUCCGGAAGCCCAUCACACCUCUUUCCACCAAAGAAGACAUGGAAUUCAUUUUCCUCGGUGAAUCUCUAAAGUCAGGGGAGAUAACUGCUACUCUCAAAGUGAAGAAUGAUUCCAGGGAAAGCAGGGUCAUUGACGUCUACAUCUCCGCCGUCGCUGCCUACUACACCGGCGUGUCAGCCGUUGAGCUCAAGGAGACGUCGCCCACCAUAGUUAUUGAACCAUCAGGGGAGAGCGCUGUGUGUCUCAAGUUGAACCCAACCGAGUACAUCAACAGCUGUGACGCCGACUCCCAUGUCAACGUGUACGCCUGCGGCAUCGUCAAGGAAACAGGGCAGAAGUUUGCUACCAGAGAAGUCCUCUGGGUUGACAAGCCUCUUCUAGAGGUCAAGACGGAGGGCCAUGCUCAGCUGGGUAAGCCGUUUGACGUCGUCGUCAAGAUCGUCAACACGCUGUCCCUUCCACUGACGGGCGGAGUCAUCAACAUUGAGGGGCCCGGCAUGCCAAGGAUAUCCGGCAUCAAAAUAAAGAAGAAUAUCGCCCCCGGUGAUGAGCAUAGGGAAACCAUCAAAAUGUCGUCUGCCAGAAGACUCGGCCGGAAAGAGAUAAUCGCCAACUUCUACAGCAAACAAAUGUGUGACGUCACUGGCGUAGGGGAGAUCGAGAUCGAGGCUGACGCACAUUAAACAAUCGAAUAAAACAACCUUUGGGUACCAAAUUUUAUUGCAGCCUCUGAAGGCGUCAGCCUUACACUGCCCGUGGAUGUCGUCAACAAAUAGGCAAAUACUACUUCAGAUCAUGGGACAUUAUAUUUAUACGGGCAGUGUUUGCAAGGAAUUUGGUUUCAGUGAUAGACUGAGAAAUUAUAAUCUCUCGACCUCCAAGAAAUAGUGCUUAACUUCAACUGUUUUUUCCACUGGUAUUUAUAGCGUGAACUGUUAUCAAUACAAGGGAGACAACCCGACUGUAAGCACCAUUCGGCACGUCUCGCACAGGUCAUCAUCAUCUCUGCCAGCUCUCGGGGAAUCAACGUGGCUAUCAUAUGACGAAACAGUCUGGCGUCAGUUGAACUUUAACGUAUAAGUACAUGUUAAAACUGUUCCUAUUUAUUUUUUGUUAAUCAAAGUGUUUCCUUAAUUUCUUAUAACAGGGAACAUACACCACAUCGGUAUCGGUCUCUGCUUAUGAUCAUAACAAACUUUUGAAAAACGAUCUAAUGUACAACGAUCUUUAUGUGGUGAGAUCGGGCGGUAAAAGGGUAAGGGUAAGAUGUAAUGUCUCCUCUCCACUGAUGUCCGAGUUCGAUGUAUAGGUAGAGGAAUGAGCCGAAUGAAGCACCAACACGCAUGGUCGAACGAGGUCCACGGAGUAUAUCCGCUUACAUUUCCUCAACCGGAAGUGGGGCAGUUUAGAUGUUGUUACAGGUCUCUGUAACAUAUGCCUCAUAUUACCCUGUAUUAAUGAAGUUAUAAGAGGAGUAAAUUCAUUUAAUUUUUUAUCGUUUCUCCAUAAGCAUUGAUAUAUUAUGUUUUUUAUCAUAUAUUACUUCAAACAGGCUUUACGUUCUUGAACCCGAAAACUUGUUAGUUUACUUUUGCUGAUCGGAAAUUAUAUAAUUAAUUUCACACCAAAUGUAAGGAAUAGUAUCAACAUGGACAUUCAUUCAUCCUUAUUAAACGAUAUACUAGUAUAUUUACUCUUAUAUGGAAAGGGUCUUAAAAUGUAUUCUUGUAACAUUAAACGAAGGAUAAUUCUAAAAAGUGGCAUAUGUUAUUAUAUUUCUAUUGAAAGUAAUUCCAUCCCACACAGGUAUGACUGUAGGCCGAAACUCCAGUGUUAUGUAUGUUUGCCUAAUGUCACUGACUGAUGCGUCUUUAGAAAAGUAUCUCCAUCACGAUAUAUUUGUUUCUGUUGAUUUCUGUCAAUCUGUCGUAAACAGAAUCAAUUUAUGAGAAAGGUGAACGUGAAGUACGUGUAUACGUUACAGGUGUAAUAUUGCGAAGGGUCAUAAUUAGUGACACGGUGUGUCUAUAAAUGUAAGACGUGACUAUACAGUGUAUGCAUGGCUGGCGGUUUCUUGAUAUAAUCGUCUACCCCUAACGGCUCGAGUGUAAUAUCUCUUUUGUUGAGUCGGAUUUUGUUUUCACAGGGUAGAGAAGACACUGUUUCGCCGAGCGUUUCGUGUUUCUUGUUCAUAUUUCCGAUUAUGUCAUGUUCAUUUAUACAAUGUUAUAUACAGCCAAAACUAAAUAGAUGAUAAUGCAUAAUUAUAAAUAAAUUUGUUAAAAAGGCA